AUGUCCAAUGACCAUUUGCGAUACUUAGAGCUCCGUGAACUUAACGAACGUGCUUGGGCAGGCGAGGUGGUUUUCAAGCUCGCCGGAAAACAGGACCUGAGUUUGAAGAAGAACACUGGCUUCGUGAAAAAGCUUAAGAGUUCUUUCAACGCUGAUCAGUAUAAGCAAAUCCUCAAGGAUGUCGAAACUUUGAGCUUAGAGAAGUAUCUGACAGAGAUUGUGGGACCAGCUUUCGAGGGCACAUUGAAGGUUUCGAAAAACGAUGAUAUAAUGGCAGCGGUGGAGAUCAUCAAUGCUCUUCACCAACGCCUCAAUCUUCUGUUUACGCCCUCUUACUUGUCUCACGUGGUCAAUGCUAUUGUUGAAAAGGAGCAGCUGGACUUGGCGGUGAAGCAGAGGCUGCUCUUGAAGCUUAUUACGGAGCUUUCUUUGACUGGAGUUGCUACCUCACUAAGGCAAUGCGACUCAGAGCUUCUCAGCACUUCAGCUCUUAAGUUGGCUUCAAAAUCUCCAAACGACUUCAUUUUGGUUCCACUUUUGAAAGAUGUUCUAUCUUAUCAGUUCCCAAAAGCUCAUGCAUUGCCGGUAAUGAUCUCAUGGUUGAAGCGCUACGCCUUUUUACUAAAAGAGGAGAACAGAACCCAAAUUCCUGAUUCCUGCUUGAAUACCUUACAGCAGAUAUGCUCUAUGUACUUUGAUAAGGUUGUUGGGCUCCUAAAGUCAUUGCACAGGGAAAAAACAAAGCUUGAAUUGAGUAACAAGAAAGCUAUGAUCCGUACGGGUAGGGUCCUCGAGGAAAGAGAGCAAGAGCUCAAGGAGCUUACUCAAGUUCUUGAGGCUUUGGAUCAUGGCUGCCCUACUCUUGCCGAACUUUUAAACAAAGAAAUGCCACCUAUCGACGUCUCGGUACAGACUAAGAAUAACGAGUCAGAUGUUAUCGUGAAGGCUUCUCAUGAGGAGGAGACGAAGGGAUGGUGGGAAGAUCAGCGUGAAAGGAAUUUCUACAAGAAAGUUCCCAAUUAUGAAAGCGUCGUAGCCUCAGAGGGGCCAAAGCUAAAAAAGAAGGAGUACGCGAAGCUUUCAGAGGGUGAGAUUGUCAAUCGCUUUUUGGAAAAACUUGAGCUUUCUACCACUGAAGAGGAUAUUGAUAAGCUUACUGCUGAAUUGCACACCUUCAUCCCAUCUAACAAGGCCACACAUAACAGGAUCUUGCGCUUCUUCCUAGAGGUGAAGAAGGUCGACAAUGUAAAUCUUUUUGCUCGUUUCCUUAAAAUCAACGAGUCGUUUUUCCCAGAUCUCAUAACUGAGCUCAUUGAUGCAUUGGACAGAGGAUUUCGCUCGCAGAUUUAUGGAGAUAUCAUCAACUUCAAGAACCUUUACUUCUUCAUUGAACUUAUCAAAUUUAAUCUCAUCCCAACCCAUGUUGUCUUCCACAAAAUACGGAGGCUUACACUAAAUAUAGAGGGAACGAACAAUGCUGAUAUUUUGCUGAUAUUCUAUGAAAGAUGUGGAAAAUUUUUGCUUCUUGAGAGUGAGUACCAAGAAACUACACGUGAGAUGCUUGCACUUUUGAGCAAGCAGUCAAAGUCAUCAAGACUUUCCGUAAACGAGAAGUUAUCUCUACGCAAUAUGUUCUUAAUUGUCAAUUCCUUCACAGCAACAAAAAACAAAGUCAAGGCUACUACAGCGGAGAUGACACCAUUACAGGACUUCGUCAGUCAAAUGCUUAAGAAUGUUCUAUUGGACAGUAAGCUUUAUAAACAAGCCUGGUUGCUUGGUAAAAUAAAGUUCAAAUAUAGCGCUGAUGCCCGCGAUACCUUUGUUUCGAUCUACCUGCGACCUGAGGAGCUUGGGCUUGAUAAGCUCGAUAUGUAUGCCAAAUUGUUGAAGCAUUUGGGAACACAAGGAAAGGUUCUCGCACCUCUUAUUGUUGAUGCAUUGACUGAGAAGGUGAUCAGGGGCUUAGAGUUGAACGAUUACAGGCAAAACUUGGCAAGAGUGGCUCAAAUACGCUUUUUCGUUGCACUUUACAAAAACAAAGUUCUUAGCUUUCGCUGUAUUAUUGAUUUGCUUUUUAAGAUUGUUACUUGGGGCCAUCCAAAUAACCUACCACUUCCGGGUUCAACUCUCGACAUAGAUCCUUAUGACAACUAUUUCAGGAUCGGCUUGUGUUGUACGUUGUUAAAUAAUAUCAGCUUUUCCAAGGUAGAGCAAGCUGGUCUCUUGACAGGAAGCACAAAAUCAUUGGAAGGCUUUCUCACCUUUCUACAGUACUAUAUUCUGACAAAGAAGAAACCACUACCGCGUGAGAUACACUUUGCUGUCGAGGAAGUCUACUCCAAAACGUUCAUCUCUCCUGCUCGUGAUGAUCCCUCGCGUGCACUCUCCCUACUUCAGAAUUUCAACUCUCAGAGUAAGGAGCCUGUAAUUGAAGAAGAGACAAUUAUCGACGACUCCGAAAACGAUGCUGUGGAGUUUAGUUCCGAUGAUGAUGAAUCUGGAAUGAAUACUGAAGAAGAGCUUCGAUCAGACGACGAGACCUCUGACGACGAAUCACAUAAAGACGCAAGUGGUGACAUCACCAGAGAGGAUGAAGAUUCGGAUGACGAGGACGAUCAUGAAGACGAAGAUGAGGGUCUAGUCGAUGAAUUAGUUGAGGAUACUGCUGAAGAGGAAGAGGAAGACCACGCUCCCUGGGCAAGAAAGAUUGAGGUCACAGAGGAGGAUAAAAAGUUCGCUGACACCAUCGAUGCGGGCAUACGUGAUGCAUUGCAAGAAUCUUUAAAUUUAUCACAAUCAAAAUCUAGAGGUACAUUCAGAAUCCCAGCACCCUCCACACUUGCCGGUACGCAGAACGAAGCAGUGAACAACACAUGUGGAGUUCUACCUAACGGAAGUGUAAAGUUCAGUUUUCUUUCAAGAAAGAACAAUGUUAAAGAGAUGCAUCUACCUUCCGACAACCAGUUUGUCGAUAGGGUUGUCAGAGAACAGGCUGCGCAGAAAGCGAAUAGAGAUAAGAUUAUUCGCUUGAUCAACAACAUGGAAUAA